GCCGCCGGGUGCCGCGAGGCGCCGCGGGGGCGGGCGUUCGCCGCGGCCGCCGCGCAGCUGUUCGUGGACGAAAGGGGCCCCGACAAGCAGAUCCUGGUGGAGCUCGUCAGGCCCCGGCGCUCCGACUCGGGCGCCGACCGUCGCGACCGCAGCUUCGAUCUUCGGCGCUCUGGGAAGUUCGAGGGCGCCCCUCUGGAGCUCCUCGAGGCCCCCUGGAAAGUCUGCGGGAGUGUCGAGUGGAAGCGGCCCUGCGCGGACAUGCCCGUCCUCGAGGCCGAGGCCCUAUUGUAUGGCGCCCGACGCCAGUUGCGUUCCGCCGACAACCUGGGCUCGAGGUGGGUCGCGUCCGAGCUGAACCCGGCCGACGGGCCGUCGCGAGGCCGCGGCGCCCCCAGCGACCCCUUGGCCGGCCUCCGCCGCGAGCUCGCGGACGCGGCGGCCGAGGGCAGGGAUGCUGGCGCGCGGCAGGCUGGGGCGCCGCGCCCAGAGCGCGCGGCCUGGCUGGCCGCGCGCCGCCCGUCCGUGGGCGACAUGGGGCUGCUCCGACGGGCGUCGGUUUCAGCCGAGACGCAGGCCCAGUGCUCGCUCUACCUGGGCGCCCUGAACCGCUUCUGCGACACUCAGGGUCCUCGGCCGUGCACGGAGGAGGAGUGGGACAUGCUGACGUCGGGGCUGAUGGAGAUCAUGUUCAUGGAGGGCGGGCCCCUGAGCUCGGGGAAGAAGCUCCUGGCGUCGGUCCAGUGGGCCGAGCCGCGGCUGGGGUGGCUGGGCGGGGGGCGGAUGCCCAUCAGCCGCCAGUGCCUCCGGGGUUGGCGCCGCGCGGCGCUGGCGGGGGGCCGGCUGCCUCUGCCGUGCGACGUGGUGGCUUUGCUGGCGUGCUGGAUGAUCUGUCGCGGGCAGAGAGCCCGGGCCUUGGCCGUCCUCGUGAUGAUGGAGCUGUACCUGCGCCCAGGCGAGCCCUUCUUGCUCCGAGGGCACGACGUGAGGCAGGCCUUCGAGGAGGCGGCGGCCGCGUGGCGGCUGAAGCCCCUCGGGCUGCCAGACGCCUACCGCUUCCGGCACGCGGGGGCGAGCGUCGACUUCGCGACCGGGGCGCGGCGGCUGGGGGAGAGCGUCGACUCCUGCGCCCAGGCGAGC